GUGCAUCUGGACAGCAGAACGGACAGGAACGAGCGCGGUCCCGUGAAGCGCGAGUGCGCGCACGCACAGCGUUGAACUUACGUGCCCAGCCGCUUCGCGAACGCGCCGUUAGCGUCUGCUAGCACAUACCUGUUUACUGCAGUAAAACCACUCCUGAUGGACUGACAACGUGUCCCCGUCUCCAGAGGCUACGCAGCUCUUUUGGUGAAGGGCUAUGGCACAUCAGGAUGCACAGUCCCCUCGAGCCGUCCCGCUCACGGAUCACGACUCCGGAGUGGAAGAUGGAGUCGAUGGCUCCUGCAGCCCUACCACAACCUCCACGAUCUUUGUUGCCUUCAAAGGGAACAUGAAUGAUGAGGACUUUCAGGAGAAGCUGGAUACCAUCUUACACGGGAUGCCUGAUAUGCUGUUACUAGGUACUCCGCGGCUCGAACCCGAGCGUGUGGAGCCGUGGAACAGCGUUCGUGUCACUUUCAACAUCCCUAGAGAGGCAGCCGAGCGACUGCGUCUCCUGGCUCAAAACAACCAGCAGCAGCUGCGGGAUCUGGGCAUCCUCUCUGUGCAGAUUGAAGGUGAAGGAGCCAUUAACGUUGCGGUUGGACAGGGCCGAAGUCAAGAAGUAAGGGUAAAUGGACCUCUUGGUGCACCUGCUCAGAUGAGGAUGGAUGUUGGAUUCCCCAUGCAGCAGGGCCAGGCUGGAAUGCGUAUGAAUAAUCCUUCGGUGUCCAUGAUGCCUCCUGGGGCUAAUAUGGCAGCACAGGGAAUGGUACCGAAUAGUGGUGGACCAAUGCAGCCAAGAGCACCAAGGCCACCUUCACAGACAGACACAGUGGAUCCCAUGCUUUCAGGGUUGGCCUUACAGCAACAGCAGCAACAACAACUCCAACAUCCUCAAGUGGGACAUGGUCCUCUCGGCAACUUAGGCCCACAGGGACAUCACAUGCAAGCCAUGCAAGCAAAUCGACAGCUAAAUCCAGCAGCCCUACAGCAACUUCAACAACAACUUCAGCAACAACAACAACUUCAGCAACACCAGCACCAACAACAGCAGGUUCAGAUGGCCCAACUAGGUGGUGCACGUGGUCCUUUCAACCCUUCCAACCAGAUGCCUAUACCUCCUGGCUGGAACCAGUUGCCCUCUGGGGUUCUCCAGCCACCACCUGUCCAGGGUCCAAUGGGACCAGGUUGGAGGAAAGCCCCGCCACAGCCACAAAUGGGACCGCGUCAACCCUCUUUGACAUCUGUUCAGACGCCCAAUCAUCCACCACCACCAUAUCCAUUUGGAAGCCAGCAGGCUGGACAGGUUUUCAAUACAAUGGCACAGCAUCAGUUGCAGCAGCAGCAGACAGGGGCAAACCAGUUUGCAACCCCUCAGCCCAAAGGCCCUCAGGGAGCACCAGGUGUAGUUGUCUCAAGAGCACCUCCUCCUUUGCCUCCCUCCUCUGCCCCACAAGGAAGUCUUGCAGUUAAGUCCCCUGGUUCGUCGUCAUCUCCUUUCCAACAGGGCUCCCCUGGAACACCUCCAAUGAUGGGACAGGGACAGGGGCAACUUGGUCCACGUCCCACAACCCCCCAGGGUUUCCCACAAGGUGUUGGAUCUCCAGGAAGAGCUGUGAUGGGCCAGCAAGGAAACAUUCAGCCCGGCUUUAUGGGCAUUCCACAACAUGGACAGGUUCCUCAAGGUGGAAUGGGAGGUAUGCCUAAACGAAUGCCAAUGGGUUUCCCAAAUGCUCCUGUUAAUCAGAAUUUUGGACAAGGACAGGUUACUACCACUGGAGCAGGUAGUACACCCCAACUACAAAAUAGUCAGAGUAUGGUGAACUCUGGUGUCCAGUCAUCAGCCUCAGCGCCAAACCACAUGCAGUCAAAUCCCCUUCAAGGUGCUGGAAUGACCCACCACAGUGGCAUGCCAGCCCAACCCCCAGGCACCACCUCAGGUGGCAGUAUGGGGCAACCUCAGCAAGGUCUUCAGACUCAAAUGAUGGUUGUACCACAAUCACAGCAUCAAACACAGGUUGUAGCUUCCACCCAAAGUCAAAUGGCACAAAACCAAACAGGGGGCCAGACUGUUUUAUCCAGGCCAGUGAAUACCGGGCAGCGAGGAAUGACCCCUCCCAAGCAAAUGAUGCCACCACAAGGUCAAGGGAUCAUGCAAAGCCAAAACCAGCUUGGCAAAAAAAACAAAAAAGGCAUUAAACAACAACAACAACAAUAAAAACAACAACAAAAACAACAACAACAACAACAACAACAACAACAACAGCAGCAGCAGCAACAACAGCAGCAGCAGCAGCAAAAUGCUAUGAUGGAACACAUUGUAGCUAGUCAGAUACAGGGUAAUAAGCAGGCCUUUGGCCCAAAAGGUCAACCUGGAGUAAUGCAAGGCCAGAUGAUGAGAGGUCCUUCACCUAGUAUCCAAGGUAACAUGCCACAGUUUCAAUCUCAGAUGGGUCAGCAACAAAUGACUCAACAACAGCAUCAGCAACAGCAACAACAAAUGGCUCAUUUGCAACAACAACAACAGUUACAACAACAGCAACUACAACAACAGCAGUUACAACAGCAGCAACUACAACUGCAACACCAGCAGCCACAACAGUCACAAAUGCAACAACAACAGCUGCAGCAACCCCAUCAGCAAAUGUUACAACAACAGUCUCAACAAAUUCCAAUGAAUGGCAACCCCAACCAAGCAUUAGGGAUGCAUGGGCCUCAAAUGCGACUUCCGGGAAAUCAUCAUUUAGUACAACAACAGCUACAGCAAAAACAACAACAACAACAACAACAGGUGAUGCUGCAGCAGCAACAGGCUGGUCAGCAACAUCAACAUCAGUUAGGAGAUAGUAAUGGAAAUGCUGAUAUCAGCCAGCAGAUGGUUCCAGACCUGCAGAAUCAGCAUCAACAGCAGGGUAUGUUGGGGAGUUCUCAACAUUUGCAGGUUGGCAAUGGUCAUUUUCCUGGUCAUGGCAUGUCCUUCAAUCCUCAGUUUGCUGGUCAGAUGCCAAUGGGAGGCCCAUGUGGCCAAGCAGGUGGAUUUCCAGUGAACAAGGAUGUGACACUAACCAGUCCCUUAUUAGUAAAUCUUCUCCAAAGUGAUAUUUCUGCCAGUCAGUUUGGUCCUGGUGGGAAGCAAGGAACAGGUGCGGGUGCCGCUAACCAGGUCAAGCCUAAAAAGAAGAAACCUCCUCGUAAGAAGAAACCAAAAGUAGAGGAAGGACAACAGUCUACUGACGGUCUGUGUGGUCUGGAUUCACUGCCUCAUGGAAUGGAGGAAGUAGAGAUGCAAGGGUUGGGAGGUGAUCAAGGGGGUGGCAUUGACUCGAACUCUAAACUUUCUGAAUUCACUAAUCGACCAGGUCUGCCUGGUCAGUCUGGAGAUCAAAGGGUAUUACAGCAGAUGCCUAUGCAGUUUAUGCCCUCACAACAGCAGCAACAGAUGCAACAAAUGCAGCAACAACAGCAGUUACAACAACAACAACAACAACAGCAGCAGCAACAGAUGCAGCAACAGCAUCAACAGAUCCAGCAGCAGCAAAUGCAACAGCAACAAAUGCAGAUGCAGAGUAUGCAGGGUCCUCAAGGUCAAGCAGGAACAUCACAAGGACCCCAUCAUGUCCAGACCCAGAUUCAUUCACAACAGUCAAUGCAGAUGCAACAACAACAACAACAACAACAACCACCACCACAACACCUCCAACAACAACAACUGCAGUCACAGCCACAACAGCAACAACAACAACAGGCACAGCAGCAGCAGCAACAACAACAACAACAUCAGCAGCAACAGCAGCAACAACAACAACAACAACAAAUGAUGAUGAUGCUUAAAAUGCAACAAGAAGCUAAGAAUCGAAUGCCACUACAGCAAGGUGGACACAUGCCAAAGGGUUUAGUCAAUCCUAAUGAUCCAUCUCAGAGAAUGCCUGUAUCACAGCCAGGCAACAUGCCUGUAAUGAUCGAUCUUCAAGGCCAUGGAGGUGUUCCACCUUCUCCUGAUAAAGCCAGAGGAAUGCCACUCAUGGUAAAUCCACCUCUCACUGGACCAGCAAGAAGGACACCCCAUUCAGAGGUUGGACAACCAACACCACCAGAGGAAACCCCUGGAAACCAUAGCAUGCAGGAUCGGGGACCCCUUGAAACUGGUCAACAGUCAGGAAAUGGAAAUCAACCAAUGAUUCCCAAUCAAGGGCCAAAUACUCAUUUAAUGAAAUCUGUGCCUUUAUCAGUGCCCCACCAGCCAGGAGCAAGUCCCCAGCAGCAGUCCCAGCAAGUGACAGCAAUGGCUGGCUCACAUAAUAUUCAUUUUUCAAGCUCUACUGUAACUUCCCAGAGUUCCCGCCCUAAAACCCCUAACCGAGCCAGUCCCCGACCAUAUCACCACCCUUUAACUCCAACCAACCGUCCACCUAGUACUGAACCCUCUGAAAUAAAUCUAUCCCCUGAGAGACUGAAUGCCUCUAUCGCUGGCCUUUUUCCUCCAAAAAUUAACAUUCCUCUGCCACCGCGGCAGCCAAACCUUAAUCGAGGCUUUGAUCAGCAAGGUCUUAACCCAACUACACUUAAAGCAAUUGGCCAGGCUCCACCCAACCUAGCAAAUCUUCCUGUCAACAAUAAUACCAGUGGCAACAAUAAUGGCCCACAGUCUUAUCCAUCAGGUGGUGGCAUGGUAAGCUCCGGAGGAAAACACGACAAACAGACCGGUAUUGGGCAAGCUAAAAGAGCUAGUCCCAGUAAUAGUCGAAGAUCCAGCCCUGCCUCAAAUAGAAAAGCUGCCACCCCAAGCCCAGGAAGACAGAAAGGUGCCAAAGCAUCAUUGACAUCACCUCCACAUCCGCAGCAAAUGAUGGUUAGUCCACAGAACGUGAUGGUUAGUCCCAACUCAGUGCUCCCAGCUACCUCUGCAUCUUUGUCAUCAGCAGGACCUGGAGAAUCACAACAGAGUUUAAAUUCACUGCAAACUAUACCUGUUAGUGCUGAUACAGUUAGAGAUGGCCAGGUAGUGACUACACAAGCAGAGCAGCAUCAGGCAGGUCAGUUAAGAGAGCAGUCUGCUCUUAAAAUGGCAAGCCCUCGGGUUUCGUCUCAGGAACCCAGACGGCAAGAGCCUAACAAUUUGGUUGAACAGCGAGCUGAAGAUAAGCAACAAUCUCGGGCAACACCACAACAUGACCUUGGCUCUACUGUAUCACCAGCCUUUAGAGAUGCUCCAACAUCUCUGAAUCAGCUAUUGGACAAUACAGGCACCCCAUCUUUGUCAGUGAAAUCUCAAAAUAUUCCUCAAGUGGGUGUAGAACUUGUGCAAAAAGAUAGUCCUAAUGCUCCAUCAGCUCAGGAGAACCAACCUAAUCCUGUUGUCUCACAGAGCACAAAUAUUGGCACCUCUUUGUCUACAAGGGAAACUGAUCAGAAACCUAAAUCUGCUUCAGUAUCAAGUCCAAAUAUUAUAGCCAGUAGUAGUGCAAACCUGCAGACUAUCAGUGCUGUAUCAAGUGUUAGUUCAAACCAAACUGUGCUCUUAAGCCUCACUUCUGUUCCCAAUACGUCAGUAAGUUCAAAUCACAAUCUUAUACCCAUCUCAAAUGCAUCUCAAACAGUCUUGCAAAGGCCCAUCUCAUCAGCACAAACUCAACAAAAUCAGAUCACAGUCUUUGUAACCUCUAAUCCCAUUAGCUCUGCUACCAACACAGCUUCUGUCGUUCCUCCUGCUGUUGUAUCCAAGGUACUAGCAGUUCCCAAUAAAAAUAUAAGACCCCCUGAUGUCCGUCAACAAAAUCCUACCCAAAUGCGUCCACAGUUCAUCACAGGACCAUUGUAUUCAAUAUUUCAAGCUACGUCGGUACCAUCAAGUACUAACGUCAUGUCUCAGCCUGUCACUAUGGUUGGUCCCAUAGUCUCUGCAAAUAUCCAACUUACUCCUACCCCGGUGUCAACUACAUCAACACCCUCUGCACCACCAUCAACAUCUGUGCUGACAAACUCGCCUGCUGUCAGCAUAGCUGCUACUCAGCAGAGCCGCACUGUUAUUGGGCAGCUUCAAGUUCAAGUACCUGCAAGUCAGGCUUCCCCUGUAAACGUAGUACUGCCACCUCAACAGCCAAGCCCUGGGGGUCCCAAACAGGAGAGUGUCUCUAAUGCUAGUGGCCCGAAAUCUAGUCCUGUUGGGCAGACGGUCUUACAUUCUGGCAUGUCAUCACCCUUUCAGCAGCUAUUGGCUUCUCCACCUGCUUGCUCUAGCCCAGGGGCUACGGCUGUUUCUCGCAGAAGUCCUCUGUCUCCAACAACGACGUUAGCCAAAAGCAGUCCAGUCCAGACUGUUGCAAGCAAAAGUACCACGCCCAGCAUAUCUUCGAGCAAUGGCGAUGACCAAAAAGAGCGAAACCCUGUCACUCAGAUAGGAAAGACUUUGGAUGUUGCCACAACUCAAGCUUCUUGUGCAGUUACAUCUGAAACGGUAUCUACUCUCCAGCCUACUGCUCCAUUGACUGUUCCAGCUGCUCAAAUAGCGUCUCAGCAAUCGGCACUUCCUCCAAAAGUGUCUUCUCCUGAACCUGCACCCACUCAUUCUCCAGUCCCUACUUCUACACCAUCGUGUAAUAUGCCGCCCCCAGCCUCUACCCCUGGAACGGUUCACCUCUCUAGUCCUGUUGCUACUUCUUCACCACCCACUAGUCUGCCUGCAGCUUCAGUUUCUGCACCCACUGCUGCUCCAGGACCUCCCACUACAGCUUCCGGCUCCUCCACAGCAACACUUGCACAACCCUCUGGGGAACAGCAGCCGCCUUCAUUGGCAGACACUAGUGUACCUGACUCAGCUGAAACAAAAGAAGCAAUUAUUGAUGCUCCUAGCAUCUCAGUUCAUCCUGAAGCUCCACAAGAAGACCAAGCGUUAUGUGACCAAGCUGGACAAGGGGUUAGCACCGCAGCAGAACAAGGAUGGGCAAAGAAAAGAAAGACGCCCGUCAUCUUAGCCCCAAGGGAUACAAGGGCCACCACUGAGAAAGCAAAAGGUCCUAGUCGACGGAGCUCAAGAACAGACAAGGAGCCUGAGGAGGAAGCGUCCGACAAUGGACAGAGAAAAAGAGCUGCUAGGCCAGGGUCAGCAUCCUCGAACACAGGAAAAGGUGCAGAAUCAAACACUGGAGCCAGUCCCACGCAGGCAAAACGAAGGAAGUCAAAGUAAUCAUGACACAUAAACCUGUGAAUUGUACUUUAUUUUUUGUUGUUUUCUGAACUUGUUUUAUCUGCUGUUUUUCCUUUUGUUCUAAGCAAGAUAACCAUGUACAGAAAGUUUUUUUCUUCUUCUUUUAAAUCAUGAUACUGUAUUUUGUCCUUGGCUACUAGAUGAGGUCACGUUUAGAAUUGUGUAUGAUGUGUUUGUAUGUCGUUGUUUUGGUGUGACUUUUUUAUUAUUAAUAAUAUUGAUAAAUUCUGGAUUAAUCAUGUGAUGUCUGUAGAAUCACAAUAUAAUGAUGUGACAGAAUCAGAAUUUGUACUUUUCACCCCCGUGUUGUAUAUCAUGAAUUAACUGCAUUUCAAUACUGUUAGAACCUGUCUUCACCCAUUUAGCCCCGGAUCACAUGCAUUAAAAUAUUUUUACAAUUGUA